AUGAUUGAGAGUGCCAUCAUUGUUGCACUAACCCCCCUUCAGACUUCCAUUGACACUCUUACCACGAGAGUUGAGGCUUGUGAAGACAAGCAGGGGGAGACCUCCGAGGUGACAACUUUGAAAGCUGUAGUAGCAAAUUUGAGAAAUGACGUAGACUAUCUAAAGUCUACUGACUUCACUUCAUUACUGGAGGCUACUGAUGAUGUAGACGCUCCUGAUACUUCAAAGAUUCCUCUAACUACCACCAUAGAUAUACAUAGGGAUGGUACAACAAUUAAUGAGUCUGAGGCAGAGAUCGAGGACGAGCUGAUAGAGAUAAGGGAGGAGAGAAUAUAUGGAGAUUUGCCAGAUCUUGGGGAGACGAUUGUGCAGUAG